CCCACGUUGCGCCGGCGUCGCGCCAGUCCGUUGGGCUGCAGAGACUGCGGCGCCUGAGGGAGUCGCUGACGGGCACGCUGGCUGAAGGCUGGCGGACUGGCGACAGCGACCUGCGGCAGAGUCUUGCUGCAACACCCAGGCUGGAGUGCAAUGGCGCUAUGUCGGCUCACUGCAACCUCCGCUUCCCGGAUUCAAGCGAUUUUCCUGCCUCAGCCUCCCGAGUAGGUGGGACUACAGGACCAGAGGAGCGAGAGCAGCAAGAACCACACCCAGCAGCAAUGUCAGCGGAAGUGGAAACCUCAGAGGGGGUAGACGAAUCAGAAAAAAAGAACUCUGGGGCCGUAGAGAAGGAGAACCAAAUGAGAAUGGCUGACCUCUCGGAGCUCCUGAAGGAAGGGACCAAGGAAGCACACGACCGGGCAGAAAACACUCAGUUUGUCAAGGACUUCUUGAAAGGCAACAUUAAGAAGGAGCUGUUUAAGCUGGCCACCACGGCACUUUACUUCACAUACUCAGCCCUCGAGGAGGAAAUGGAGCGCAACAAGGACCAUCCAGCCUUUGCCCCUUUGUACUUCCCCAUGGAGCUGCACCGGAAGGAGGCGCUGACCAAGGACAUGGAGUAUUUCUUUGGUGAAAACUGGGAGGAGCAGGUGCAGUGCCCCAAGGCUGCCCAAAAGUACGUGGAGCGGAUCCACUACAUAGGGCAGAAUGAGCCGGAGCUACUGGUGGCCCAUGCAUACACCCGCUACAUGGGGGACCUCUCGGGGGGCCAGGUGCUGAAGAAGGUGGCCCAGCGAGCACUGAAACUCCCCAGCACAGGGGAAGGGACCCAGUUCUACCUGUUUGAGAAUGUGGACAAUGCCCAGCAGUUCAAGCAGCUCUACCGGGCCAGGAUGAAUGCACUGGACCUGAACAUGAAGACCAAAGAGAGGAUCGUGGAGGAGGCCAACAAGGCUUUUGAGUAUAACAUGCAGAUAUUCAAUGAACUGGACCAGGCCGGCUCCACACUGGCCAGAGAGACCUUGGAGCAUGGGUUCCCUGUACACGAUGGGAAAGGAGACAUGCGUAAAUGCCCUUUCUACGCUGCUGAACAAGACAAAGGUGCCCUGGAGGGCAGCAGCUGUCCCUUCCAAACAGCUAUGGCUGUGCUGAGGAAGCCCAGCCUCCAGUUCAUCCUGGCCGCUGGUGUGGCCCUAGCUGCUGGACUCUUGGCCUGGUACUACAUGUGAAAGACCCAUCAUGCCACACCGGUACCCUCCUCCCGACUGACCACUGGCCUACCCCUUUCUCCAGCCCUGACUAAACUACCACCUCAGGUGACUUUUUAAAAAAUGCUGGGUUUAAGAAAGGCAACCAAUAAAAGCCAGAUGCUAGA